GAAGGAAACAGCAAGCACAAAAUUCCCAGCUUAGGAACUAAGAUGCUAAAGUGAUGGGGAGCAUAAAGACCUGGGGGGAGAGGGGCUACACAGGCCCCACAAGGACCUGGCAGUUUGUCCAGAGGGCUGCGAAGCCACUGGACAUUGUGAGGAGAGUGCUGUGCUCAGAUCCAUGUUCUGUGGCUGCUGUGUGGAGCCUGAACACGGGCAGGAGAGAAGGGAGAUGCAUGGGAAGGCUGUUGCUGGUGUACAGGCAAGAUGGUGACCCAGAUGAGGGGGACAGCCCUGAAAAAUGGAGAGAAAUGGGUGAAAUUGGAGUAUGGCUUGCGACAGAAACAGGACUGUGGGUUGGUUGACCAUGGGGUGUGGGCAGUCAGCUUCCAGGUCACACAGGAAACUUCAGGCUUCCAUAUGAGGCUAAUGGAUGCAUCAGGGGACAGUUCCCUGAGACAGGAUGUCUGGGGAAGGCACAGGCUGGAAGUGGGAUGGGAGGGGAGUCAGGAACGUGACCUCGUCAGGUUUGAGGCAGCUGUAAGACAGGUUGGGGCCCAGAGCUUUGGGAACUGGAGAGCGUGAGGAUCUGUCCUCGGUGGGUUGUAGCAUCAUGAGCAAGGAAGAAAUCACGGUGGGGAGAGAGGAGUGCUCUCAAGCCAUUCCUUGGGGAACAUUCACAUUUAGAGAGACGGUAGGUAAUGAGAAACCAGCAACGGCAACUUGGCAGGAAUCCUGGGUGAAGGAGGAAGCCAGGCUCACGGGGGCCAAGGGGGCUAGAGAACCGCAGGGGGUCGGGGGUCAGCCGGGCACCUCCCAGAGGCCAGUCAGAGCACCAGCCACUGGAUUUGGUGGCGUGGCGCUUGCUGAUGGCUGCAACAAGAGCCUCAUGGGAAGUGUUGGGGAUGGAAGGCAGACUCGGGAGGGGGAGGUGGAGACAGAUACGAGGUGGCACUAGCUGUCUCGGUGUCUCGGUGAAGGGGAGCAGAGAAAUCGGGAGGAAGCAAGGGAAGCUGUGGGGUCAGAAGCCACACAUGGGGCUGACCGCGUACGCAGCAGGAGCCAUCCAACUGGGGAGAAGCCUGCAAGCCCCUCUGGAAGGAGGCAGGCUGCAAAUCCCUACAAAAAGAGCAAGCACUUUGUUCGGGUAGACCAAGGCAGCAGGAAGCAGCAGACCCAGCUUAAAAUGGGUUAAACUGGUUUCUUUGAGUGACCGUAGCAGCCCCUCCAGAACCACCACCUCAUCCGUUGUUCAGUGGGCACCGUCAGGCAGCGCCUUUCUCUGCUGCUGCGUAUAUUAAAUAGAGGAACUCCCGUUGGCCCCAAGCACUGUGCCAGGCUCACAGAUGAAGUCACUUCUAUUUCUUCCACCUCCCUCGGCUUCCAGGAUCCCUCACCGGAACUUCAUGGAACGAUAUGAAUUACUGAGAAGGCUCCGUGCUCCCACGUCCUCUGGCCCCCACAGCCUACCUCCUGCUGAAGGGCGCUCAGAAUGGUCUCCACGCACCGAGGCGACCACACUGCAACCUCUCCUCCAGGACAUCCUCCACACUCUUUNCCUUCCAGCUCUGACUCAGGCAGCAGCCAUACUUGGUGACCCAGCGGAGGCCACACCAGCCCCAGUUCACUGCGGCAGGACCAAGGUGUUCAUGACUGACUCCAUGCUGGAGCUUCUGGAACACGGAUGUGCCCAGGUGCUGGAGCAGUGUGCCCGCCGCAUCCAGGGCAGCUGGAGGUGACACUGGCAUCGCAAGCGGGAGAGGCAGAGGCGGGCGGCUGUGCUCAUCCAGGCAGCCAUCCGUUCCUGGUUAGCUCGGAGACAUGUGCGGAGGCUGCACGCAGCUGCCACGGUCAUCAAGCGCGCGUGGCGGAGGUGGAGAAUUGGAAUGGCCUUCCUUGCUUCAAGAGAACUGGAUGGUAUGGAAGAAAAACACUUGUCUCAAGUUCCCCUUCCCAAGGGCUCUUUCCUGCUGCCGCAGACACAGACCAGCCCGCUGGCGGCAAUAAUCCGCCUCUGGCCCCUGGGACUGGUCCUAGCCAACACGGCUGUGGGUGUCCGCGGCUUUCAGAGGAAGCUGGUGGUCUGGGCCUGCCUCCAGCUCCCCGUGGGGAGCCCCAGUAGCUACACGGCCCAGACGGCACAAGAACACGCUGGUGUCACAUCCAUCCGAGCGCUGCCUCAGGGCUCGGUCAAGUUCCACUGCAGAAAGUCUCCACUGCCGUACGCGGACAUCUGCCCUGAACCCUCACCCUACAGUGUUACUGGCUUUAAUCAGAUUCUACUGGAAAGACACAGCCUGGGCCACAGGGUUUGUCACCUCGAAUAUCCUCUUGCCUGAAACCCACGCCUACCGUGCUGUAGAGAAAGCCUUUGAGCGGCCCACCCUAUGUCGGCCGGCCUGGAAGUCAGCACCCUUGCUGAGGGCCCCGCACUAGCCGUUCUCCUGUGGGGAGCGGGCAGGUCCCAGGAGUCAAGCACACGUUCCAGCGAGCAGCCCAAGAAUCCAUCUUAGGAAUCCUCGUCCUGGGACGGCUCCACGAUCCGCAAACAGCAGUCCGCAAACUCCACGAACAGGGGCUCCUGCAUGCAGGUUCUCAUGAGCUGCGCCUUGUCAGCGCCCUGAUCGAGGCUGAGCAUCAGCUGUCGGAGGUGUGGGUUGAGCAGCAGGCUCCUUAGUGCUGCAGACUCCCCUUACACACGAACAAGAAAGCCAGUGUGAGUUCAAGCGGGACCAGAUGGAGGCAGCUGAUAGCUACACGCGUCACAUCGAGGGCGCUGCAUCCCCUUCACCUGUAAACCCAAGAAUGGAACCAGUGCUCCACGGAAACAAGGUGAGGUCGGUUAAAUGCCAUCAGAGUCCUGUUCUUGGCAGCUCUAUAAAUUAACUUUACACCAUUUCAACUAGGAAAAAAUAGCACAAAUACAGAGAACAAUUGUUCUCUGAAAUUGCUGGCAUGUUCUUCAUAGGCCUGAAGGUUCUCCCUGGUGAGGACAGUGACACCAAAUACUCUGAACGCUGCAGAAGCCAGUGCGUGGCCCUCGCACCGCAGCCCUGGUAGCAAUGAUCGGACACUGACAUCUGUGUGGUGCCUUACAGCUGACCAAGCCCUUCACAUCCGCCCUCGGUCUCACUGCCGUGGGCACAGGUGCGCAGCAGGGUGGGCCUGACGAUGAGACAGAAACAAAACCUCCCAUGUUUAGGAACUGCACUGGCCCGUUCACCGUGCGCGUCACAGAACUGCCCCAAGGCCCAACCACGCGGGCCUACAGAAACACCGGGCGUUAGAACACCUGUGUCCUUCUAAAACUCCAACUCUUGAGAUUACUGUCUGCUUGAAUGGCUAGACCAUAAGCAGAGCACUGGGGAGGUGGGAUAAGUGCAGGCCCCUGCCCUACAGACUGGUAAUGGAGAGAGAAGUUACCAUAAAAUAUGAGUGGUAGAUUUCAAGGCCCCAUGGGAAGGUGAAAAGUGCUUGCUUCUGAGAAAGACAAAAGGUCAAGAAAAGUUGAGCUGAGGAAGAGUAACCUGAACCAAGCCUUGAGGGAGGAGAAUUGUGCCAACCCACAAAACCAGUAGGAUGCCAGGGAAGCUGUAGGAAGGAGGGGAGGUGUGAAAGCCCUGAAUGUUUACAGAGUCACGUGGCUGAAGGCCUCUGCAUGCCACCAAGUACAGGGGACCCUUGAACAACACAGGUUUGCACUGCACAGGUCCGCUUAUACAUGGAGCUUUUCCCCAUAAAUACGGUGCUAUAAGUGUAUUUUCUCCUCAUAAUUUUCUUAACACUGUCUUU